AUGUACGACAGGAUGCGCCAGGAGAUCCCGCUGGGCAACCGCGUUCCGAGCCCCGGUCCGGACGCGUGGAUCGCGCCCAACGCCGUGCUCAUCGGCGACACGGACCUCGCCGUGUCCGUGUCCGUGUGGCACGGGGCUGUUCUCAAAGGGGACCUGGGCGCGGUCAGGAUCGGGGCGUUCACCAACGUCGGAGAGAAAGUCGUCAUCGACUCCGCGGGGGGAGCUUCGCGCAUCGGUCAGUACGUCACCAUCGGCGCCAACAGCUCCAUCUCCUCCGCCAUCGUCGAGGAUAACGUCGUCAUCGGAGCCAGGUCCGUGCUCGAACCCGGUGCGUACGUCGAGGAGAAUGCGGCGAUUGAGGCUGGAACUCGGGUGGAGGCGGGGGCGCUCAUCCCGAGCGGACAGCUGUGGGGGGGUAACCCGGCGAGGUACGUGAGGGACCUGGACGGUCACGAGAUUGCCGAGAUACGAAGCGUCGCGGAGCAGACGUACGGAGCGAGCCAGGAUCACGCGGCGCAGUCCACGCCGUGGGGGAUGGCGUAUGUGGAGACAGAGGCGCUUCGCAAGGCGCUCGCCAAGUGA